AUGUAUUCGUACAAUACCAAGUGUUUCUUCUCAGAUGAUAAGGGCCCUCCAACUCCACCUCCUUCUGAUUCUUCAAAGAACGAUGUUUCUUCUGAUUAUGCAAAGAAGGAGGAUUCUGAGGUUGUCAACGAGGUUGAGCAGAAGAACUCUAGAGUUGCAUAUGAUGGGAAGUUGAAAAGCUGGCUUCUCAACUUUGGAGCUACCACUUUACUUGUGUGGCUUGGAAAGAGGCUGCCUCGGGUAGGGAUCUGGUCCAAAUCUCUUGCAACUUAUACUCACUUACUUGAGGAUAGGAUUAUCACUUUCUUCACUCGUAAGCAACUUCCCUCGACAGCUGUGCUUACCGACGAAGCUGCGGCUGAGAAGCUUGCUUCACUAUCUCUCCCUGUCCUCACCAAAAGCUUUAGAGUGCUGUUGAAGUAUAUAUUCAGAACCGUUUUUGGUGGUGUCACAAUUUUAACAGGUUAUGGAGUUUCCAUCGACAAAGUUUUUGAUGAAACUGCUUCGCUAAUUGGUAUCGGAACAUGGAGUGGUACAAAAACACGGUAG